GUGAAAACAGGAAGGAAAUGUACUAAUGAUGAAGAAUGUGGGAUCAAUUCCAACUGCGAUGCGGGGAAUGGCGAAGUGGCAGCAGGAAAUGAUUGUGAUGAGACAUCUCAUUGUGUGACUCAUUCAAAGUGCAUGGAAAAUGAAGAGGGUAGGACAUGUACAUGCUUUCAGGGAUUCGUGGCUGAUGAUAUUACUGUCAUGGACACGCCAGCAGAUACCAUCACAGACUGGGAAGUGCAAUCGUGGGGCUACGAGACGGCGUGGAGAAAUGUCUCUCCUCUUAACAGCCAGCUGGAGCUGAAUGCUCAAGUUCAACAGCAGCGUGCGUCACGCAUUCAUCCUGCGAAGGAAAUGGGGAUGUUUCCACAUGCACUUGCUUCGAGGGAUUUGUGACGGAUGAUGCCACUGGAUUGUGUAAAUUUCCACCAGGCGAGACAUGCUCAAGUACAAGCGAGUGCGUGACUCAUUCAAGUUGCACUGAAACCGAUGACAGUUUGAUGAAAACGUGUUCAUGUUUUCGGGGAUUUGUGAAAGAUGAUAUCAAUAGCCUUUGCAAACUGCCGGCUGGAGAAACAUGCUCAAGUUCAACACCGUGCGUGACCCAUUCAACUUGUGAAGGAAAUGAAGAUGACAGAACUUGUACAUGCAUGGAUGGAUUUGUGCCGGAUGACGUCAACGGCCUGUGCA